AUGACGAAGCACGAUCCGAUCCUGCUCUACGUUUCCAAGCUGCUUGAGCCGGACGUGGCGAGCGACGCCGGCGCACUCUACGCGUGGUGCCGCCGGCUCGAUGAGCUCGUGGACGACCCGGCAGUGAGCGGCGACCCAGCGACGACUGUCGCGCGCAUAGAUGAGUGGCGGCAGCGGCUGGACGAGCUGUGGGAAGGCUCUCCACGCGACGAUCUCGACGCGGCGCUGCUCGUGACGCUGCGGCGCAACCCGUCUCUCGGCGUGCAGCCGUUCGCCGACAUGCUCCAGGGCAUGCGCUCGGACGCGGUUCGCGCGAGGCGCGUCGAGACGGGCGUUCAGUACGCGUACCAGGUGGCGGGCACGGUCGGCCUGAUGCUGCUGCCACUGCUCGGCGUGAGCGAGGAGGAGGACGUGGCCGCGGCGCGCGGCCCAGCGAUCGCCCUCGGACAGGCAGCGAUCCAGCUGAUCAACAUUCUCCGCGACGCUCGCCCCGACGCCGCACUCGGCCGUAUCUACCUGCCGCGGGACGAGAUGGCGGAGCGCGGCGUCGACGAGGCCGCAGUCCUGGCGCUGCAAUGCACGCCCGCGUACCGCGGCCUGGUUGCGCACACCGCAGAGCGCGCUGAGGCGUUUCUGGGGCGGGCGGAGAGAGGCGGCCGAUCGCUGCCCGGCGCCGGCCCGCUCCUCGUGGCAAUCAUCGUCGAGUUGUACCGCGACUAUCUGACGGAGCUCGCGCGCCGCGGCUUCGACAACCUGAGCGCGGGGGGCGACCGCGUGUCGAUCAGCACGCCGCGAAAGGUGUGGGCCACGCUGCGGGCGCUGGCAAAGGUGCUGCGACCGGAACCGGCGACGUGGACUUUUUAGUUUUUUGUGUUGUUGU